AUGCGCCUUCCCUACGCCCCAUCCUCUGUGCCCUCCUCGUCUCCCUCCGCGGAUAUCUACGCCCGCAUCGCCGCCCGACGUCAUCCCCGACCUCUCAUCCCCCUCGAUCGAUCCCUCUUGCAUUCCCCUCCUGUCGCCGACGGAUGGAACAGUUUUCUCGGCGCCAUCCGCACCGCCACGCUCGUCGACGCAGGACUCCUUGAACUAGCCGUCUGUCGCGUCGCGGUGCUCACCCAUGCCGUGUACGAAUGGAAUGCCCACGCGCCGUUGGCCCUACGCGCGGGGGUACUACCCGAGGAACUCCAUGCGGUGCGCACGCUAUCAUCGUUAGCGACGGGAUCCGACCGUGAGAUCGUGGCGUUGCAGGAAAGUGCUCUGACGAGACGCCAGCAAGCUGUGGUGCGGUAUGCAGACGAGAUGACCCUGACAGUGCGUGUCCGGGAUUCGACUUUCGCUGCGCUCCAAACCGACGGGGGGUUCUCCGAUCGUGAGAUCGUCGAGUUGACCACGGGAAUCGCGGCGUAUAACUGUGUCAGUCGCGUGUUGGUCGCGCUGGAUGUGGGGGAGAAUAAUGACAAGGAAAUGAAGAGUGUUGAGGAGUUGCUGGAGUGA